AUGUCGACCAAUAUGUCUAGCAACAGACCAUUCCUCUCCAACUUCCUCGCUGCAUUCCGCGCCCAAUCAACCUACAAAUCCACCCAGGUCCAACAAGUAGGAACCAUCUCUCCACAAAUCUCCAGCCGCGCCAUCGCAUCAAAAUCCACCACCUCGACCUCCAACUCUUCAGCCUCAGCCUCAGCCUCCACAGCGACUCAACACACACAUCCAUCCACACAGACCGGCGUCCAACAAAACCACUACCACGCUGAAUCCUCCCCACCCACAUCCGCAUCAAACCCCAUCCCGAUCAACAGGGGCCCCGCUGAUCGUCAGCGCCGCGGAAGUGACUCCUCCAGUGGGUCUGGUGGAUUCCGAGAUGCCAUCGGUCCUGAGAAGUGGUAUAUUGGUGGUCGCACGCCGGCCGGCGAAGAGCGCUUCUACCGUCUAGGCAUGGUCACCAAGGGGGGUGGUCGGCUCGGCGGUUCCGGGAGAGUAGGGAGUAUUGACCAGUUGAGUCUAUAG